GCGAUGGAGCCGCCGGGCCCCGCGGCGGAGCAGCGGCCCUGGGAAGAGGCCAAGGUUUUCUACGACAACCUCGCCCCCAAGAAGAAGCCCAAAUCGCCGAAGCCCGAGAACGCCAUCACCAUCGCGGUGUCGUCGCGGGCGCUUUUCCGCAUGGAGGAGGAGCAGAAGAUCUACGAGGAGCAGGGCGUGGAGGCCUACGUGAGGUACCAGCUGGAGCACGAGAACGAGCCCUUCCUCCCCGGCGCCGCCUUCCCCUUCGUCAAGGCGCUGGAGGCCGUGAACACACAGCUGCGCGAGCUCUACCCCGACAGCGAGGAGCUCUUUGACAUCGUCCUCAUGACCAACAACCAUGCCCAGGUUGGGGUUCGCUUGAUCAACAGCAUCAACCACUAUGAUCUGUUCAUCGAGAGGUUCUGCAUGACGGGAGGGAACAGCCCCAUCUGUUACCUCAAGGCCUACCACACCAACCUCUACCUCUCCUCUGAUGCUGAGAAAGUGAGUGGGGCCAUUGAAGAGGGGAUCGCUGCGGCCACCAUCUUCAGCCCCAGUAAGGACCUGGAGGUGUCGGACAGCCAGCUGCGGGUGGCGUUCGAUGGCGACGCCGUGCUCUUCUCGGAUGAAUCGGAGCAAAUCGUGAAGGCUCACGGCCUGGACAUGUUCUUUGAGCAUGAAAAGGCUCAUGAGAACAAGCCUCUGGCCCAGGGACCCCUGAAGGGCUUCCUGGAGGCCCUGGGGAAGCUGCAGAAGAAGUUCUACUCCAAGGGCUUGAGGAUGGAGUGUCCUAUUCGCACCUACCUGGUCACUGCCAGGAGCGCGGCGAGCUCGGGAGCCCGAGCCCUAAAGACUCUCCGCAGCUGGGGCUUGGAGACGGACGAGGCUUUAUUCCUGGCCGGCGCUCCCAAGGGCCCGCUCCUGAGGAAGAUCCGCCCGCACAUCUUCUUCGACGACCAGAUGUUCCACGUGGAGGGAGCCAAGGCCAUGGGCACCGUGGCCGCCCACGUGCCCUACGGCGUGGCGCAGAAGCACAAGCGGGCGGCGCGGGAGAAGCCAACCCCCAACAGCAAGUAG